AUGGAAACCCCCUCCAAUCUCCCGCAGCACGACGGCUUCCCGUCGCGGGGUGAAAUGCCCAUCCAACAAGCCGAGCGCGAUCUCAACAUUCUCCCCACUUCGAAUCUCCCCUCCCUGCCAGGCACAUCGACGGAAAUGCCAAAUGGAAUCAGUUCGUCCUCGACGCCUCCGCCGGCCGUGAAUAAGAAACAACUCAUCACGAAUACCAAGGUUGCGAUCCCCCGCCAGCGAUCGAGCGCCGCCCCGCGGUACAACCGUCGAGUUCCGCGGGCGUGUGAAUCGUGUCGCCAUCGCAAGACGAAAUGUAGUGGCGAUACGCCGAUUUGCAGACAGUGCAAGGAGUUGAGGGUUUCGUGUCGGUAUCCGGUGUCGUGGAGGGAGAGGACGAAGAGUCAAUUGCAGAAGCUUACUUUGAAAGCUGACGAAUUCGAAAACUUGUUGAAAGAGCUUGGUCAUGUGGUUGAUGGUCGAAUGUCGGAUCGGAUUAAGAACUUGCUUGAUAGGCAUUCCGAAGGCGAUAGCUCUUCAGCUGACCCUCAGUCAAAUUCGGUAACGCCUCAAGAUGACUGUAUGGACCAGUAUGAACCAUCAUCCCCUUCAUCGAUUGGCUCGCUAGACGCUAUUGACCGGGUCGAAGAAGACCUCAAUCGAACAGAGAGUACCAGGGCUACGGGAUAUAUGGGAAAGAAUUCAGAGGUCACAUGGAUGCAGAGAUUGCGAAAAGAGGCCGAGCAGCGUGCCCGGAAACAGCCAGGGACGUUUGAAGCCGAGCCUGAAGGCGACUUCGCUCUUCAUUCAGUGAACUACCAUCUGGAUGACAUGGAUAUCUCUGUGCCCGGGCCUGUGAACGUGUACUGGAUGCCGCCCCGCGAGCUGGCAGAUAAGCUCUUCGAUGACUAUCUCACGACGGUUCAUCCGUUCUUCCCCAUCAUCGGUCGAAGUCUUUUCUGUGCGCAGUACAAAACUUUCUUCGAAAGCUCCGCUCGGCCUGGUGAUAAGUGGCUGGCUAUUUUGAAUAUGAUUUUCGCCAUUUCUUCAAAACAUGCCCACUUGACACAGGCGCCGUGGCGUGGCGAUGAACAGGAUCACCUGGUGUACUUGACCCGGGCCCGCAUUCUCAGUAUGAACGGAGACGUGCUAUUCAGCCAUCCUGAUCUCCAGCAGGUACAGGUCGAAGGUUUGAUUUCAUUCUACCUGCUUGCGUCCGAUCAAAUCAAUAGAGCGUGGAGGAUUGCAGCCCUAGCCGUGCGCUCUGCAAUUACUCUCGGUAUUAACAUGAAGAAUACCGGAGUAUCAAUUUCCGGUGUAUCAAAAGAGGCACGCUAUCUCGUCUGGUGGUGCUUGUAUACCUUUGAGCAUAUGCUUGGAAUAAUGACCGGAAGAUCAACCUGCAUUCUGGAUGGUGUUUGCACCACUCCUUUGCCCCUUCCCUUUGAAGAAGACCAAAUGCAAGGACCAAUGGCAGUUGAACUCCUUGCUGACAUGGAACUUCGCGAGAAAUAUGUCGGAACUGUGCUGGCAAGUUCCUGUGUCCGCCAAACGUCCUUGAACCCGCUAGAUGGUAGAACCGCCAAGUCAACUGACAAUCCACGGGACGUCUCGUGGCUGAAGAGCUUGCCGCCAUCCAUGGCAUUGUGUUACACUUAUUAUGCUGAUCUCACAGUCGUCAGCCAGGAAAUCGUGAAUCGGGUGUAUUCACCGGACUGCGCCAUGACGCCAUGGGCACACAUUGAGAAUCGCAUCGGAGAGUUGAGGGCUAGAAUUGACCUCUGGUACUCGAGUCUUCCGGAGUCGUUUGAUUUCGUACGCAAGAGGGAUGCAGAUCCAGACAUUCUUCGUGGCAAGGUCUUCCUGGCAUUGCAUUACUAUAGUGCGCGGAUUACACUCGGACGUCCGUGCCUUUGUCGCCGCGAUGCUGGCCAGGCAGGACCUAACGAGAAGUCAACUUUCAGCCAUGAAAUGGCGGUGAUUUCUUUGGAAUCUGCCAUGAAAAUGUUGGACCUGGUUCCGGAUGAGCCAAACGCUAUCCAGCUUUACCAGAUAUGCCCUUGGUGGUGCGUGUUGCACUACCUCAUGCAGGCUGCAACUGUUCUUCUCCUCGAGUUGUCAUUUGGCAGCAUCCAUAUGCCGGAGCAUGAGAACGAAAUUCUUCUUGUAGCCAAGAAGGCGAUCCGCUGGCUGUAUUCCAUGUCCAUGUCGAGUGUUGCGUCCCGUCGGGCCUGGCAACUGUGUGAUAGCAAUCUCAGACGGAUCGCUAUUGGAAUGAACUACGACAUAAGCGACAUGCCUAUGUUUGUCUAUGAGUCAAAACCCAAUCGACCCAUCGACACUAACGUUUUGGACUCCAGGCAGUCGAACUUUAACUCGACGGGCAUCCCUCUAUCCCAGAAUGCAGCCUGCGAAACCCAGCCGCACGAUGCGUGUCAACUCAACCCGACUCUCCCGGAAUACCCAGGGCUGUCAGCAGGUGACUUUGUGCCUAUAUCUCAUGCUGAGAUACCUGCUGGAGGUGACGUCUACUUCCCUUACGACCCUAUCAGUGGGGAAUUCAUCCGGUCCUUUUUCCCUACUUCUACAGAGGAAGAACCAUGGGACCAACAGCCAUGGAGAAACUGA